CGAAUCUCGAACAUUUGUCAAAAUAUUGUCAGAAAUUUUGGAGCGAACUAAAAAAAUCACUGAAAAUAAAAACAGAAAAAACUGCAGAUCUAAUGGAUCGCCGAUGAAUCGAAGGAGCUGAAGAGGAAAUCAAUGGAUCGAGCAUUGAAGUCCGCAAGAGAAUCGGGAUCUCUCAAUCUCUCCAAUCGCUCUCUUAGCCAAGUACCAGAGGAUGUUUAUAAAAGCUUGGAUGCUGUUAAAGAUGAUGAGAAAUGGUGGGAGGCUGUGGAGUUACAGAAACUUGUUCUGGCUCAUAACAACCUAGAAGUGCUGAGCAAUGAUCUGAAGAAUUUAUCGUUGCUGUCUGUUCUUAAUGUUAGUCACAAUAAAUUAUCUUGCCUUCCGGCUGCAAUAGGAGAGCUUGCUUCGUUAAAAGCACUAGAUGUUUCAUUUAACUUGAUAAGCAAUCUACCGGAAGAGCUUGGCUCAGCAACAGCAUUAGUCAAGCUUGAUUGCUCAAACAAUCUGCUUAAAGAACUUCCCUGCAGCCUAGGAAAUUGCACAAAUUUAUCAGAACUCAAGGCAACUAACAACUGCAUACAAAAAUUGCCAGAUCAACUUGUCAACUGUUCAAAAUUGAUUAAAUUUGACUUGGAGAGAAAUAAACUCACUGCGCUCUCAGAAUAUAUGCUCAGGUCAUGGACAAUGGUUAUGGAAUUUAAUGCUGCUAAAAAUCUGCUCACUGCUAUUCCAGAUAGUAUUGGAGCCCUUUCGAAGUUGAUCCGUUUAGAUCUUCAUCAGAACAAAAUUUCUUUGAUUCCACCUUCAAUCAUGGAAUGCUCCUCUCUUACUGAGUUUUACAUGGGAACCAAUUUACUUACAUCACUGCCAGCAGAGAUUGGUGUUCUUCCUAAGUUGGGAAUUCUAGAUCUUCAUUCAAAUCAGUUGAAGGAGUUUCCCGUGGAAGCUUGCGAACUGCGCCUCUCCGUCCUGGAUUUGUCAAAUAAUUCAUUAUCAGGGUUGCCACCUGAGAUUGGUAAAAUGACUACUCUACGGAAACUUCUACUCACCGGCAAUCCCAUGCGAACUCUUCGAAGCUCAUUGGUCACUGGACCUACUCCAGCACUGUUGAAGUAUCUACGCAGUCGACUCUCUCCCAGUGAGGAAGAAUCAAACGCUAGUCCAAGCAAAGAUGAUCAGAUUGCUAUGGCAGCUCGGUUAUGUUUGUCUUCAAAGGAGUUAUCUUUAAGUGGGCUAGGAUUAACCGAUGUCCCACCAACAGUAUGGGAGAAAGGUGAAGUGGAGAAAGUAGAUCUUUCUAAAAAUUCAAUUGGGGAACUACCAUAUGAGCUGUCCACCUGUUCCUCACUUCAGGCUUUGAUACUCUCUGGGAACAAGAUAAAAGAAUGGCCUGGUGCAGUAUUGGCAUCUCUUUCCAACCUUUCUUGUUUGAAACUGGACAAUAAUCCCUUGGCACAGAUUCCAUCGGAUGGCCUUGAAAGCCUCUCCAAGCUCGAAGUAUUGGAUCUAAGCUGUAAUGCAUCUUCAUUGCCAGACCCUUCUGCAUUAUCUAGAUUGGUACUGCUCCAAGAACUUUAUCUGAGGCGGAUGAAGUUCAAUGAAUUUCCAAGAGGCUUAAUGAGCUUAAAACGACUGCGGAUUCUUGACUUAAGUCAGAAUUCACUCGUAUGCAUUCCUGAGGACAUCAAGGAUUUAACUUCUCUUACAGAACUUGACCUGUCUGACAACAACAUUACCGCACUUCCUCCAGAGCUGGGUUUGCUUGAGCCUAGCUUACAGGUCUUGAAACUUGACGGCAACCCAUUAAGAAGCAUUCGACGCACUAUUUUGGAUCGAGGCACGAAAGCAGUCCUCAAGUACUUGAAGGACAAACUUCCAGAUGCGUAAAUGCAUGUAUGAGUUGGUGUUGCCAAAGGGGCCAAGAUGAGACUGAGGCUUGUUAUAAUUUGUAGAUUAAGUGUUUUCGUCAACAAGUUAUGCCUGUUCUGCAUUUUGUUUCAUAUCAUUUCAUAUCUCGUUCUUUUUAAUGCCAAAUAUGAACGUAUUACGACGGUCCAUAUUGUCUGCUUGUACCGGGGUAUUGUACAUCUAAGCUAUGAUUAUGAGUGUCCUUUUUGCCCCUUUACUCUGUAGGCAUUUACGCAUGUAUACAUUGUUGGACUUUUGGUUCAUGAAAAGGCAAUUUUGCCUUUGUGAAUAGUCCCAUAUCGGAAAAUGGAAGGAAGUUCAAGAGGUUUAUAUUGGUUCA